AUGGCUGUAGAAUUUCGUGGUUUUCAUUAUGCUGAUUAUAUCGUGUUUGCAAUUACGAUUAUAAUUUCGGUUGGCAUUGGUAUCUACUAUGCUUUGGCCGGUAGCAAAAAGAAAACAACAUCGGAAUAUCUUGUUGGAAGCCGAUCGAUGAAAAUCGUACCCAUAACCCUGUCCCUUAUGGUUAGCUUUGAGUCUUCCAUAAUGAUGUUAGGGUUUCCUGCGGAGAUCUACACCUUUGGAAUGAUGUUUUGGUGGGGUUGUUUUGGAUUUUUAUUUGUGAUGUUGAUUGGAGCUCGUAUGAUAGUUCCAUUGAUCCAUCCUUUGAAAAUUACUAGCGUAUAUCAGUAUCUAGAUUUAAGAUUCAAAUCCAGAGCAGUUCGAGCUGUUGGUUCUACAUUAGCAGUACUGAAUACGAUUUUAUACAUGGGUGUGGUAUUAUUUGGUCCUGCAAUAGCUCUUCAAGCAGUAAUGGGUUUUCCGUUAGUUUGGUCGAUGACAACCGUGGCAGCAGCAUCUAUGAUAUAUACUACAAUUGGCACGAUGGAUGUUGGUGGUCCAUCAGAAGUGUUUCGACUGGGAAAAGAAGGAGGUCGUUUAAAAAUGUUCAACUUUAGUCCAGACCCAACAAUCCGACAUACAUUUUGGAUCUUGGUUAUUGGUAUGACAUUACGAACAAUGGGAUUAGCUGUUGGUCAAGCUUCCAUUCAACGUAUCUCAUCAACUCCUACUAAACGUGAUGCCCAAAAAGUGAUGGCAAUGGUUGGUCCUAUGUUUUUCAUUACUAUGACAUUAGCUAUGUUGGAAGGCCUGGUAGCCUUUGCCUACUAUAGUAAAAUAAAAUGUGAUCCAAUGGCUAGUGGACAAAUUGACAAUGCUAAUCAGAUAAUGCCAUUGUUUGUCCUGGAUUUGUUUGCAAAUUUACCUGGUAUGCCUGGUUUAUUUAUGGCUUCACUCUUUAGUGCAUCAUUAAGUACAUUAUCAUCUGGUCUGAGUGCUCUUUCAGCACAAACAGUUGAAGAUUAUGUCAUGCCGUUUAUGUCGAAGAAAUCUGACAGAGUCAAAACCAUCUUAGCUAGAAUAUCGGUUAUUAUUUAUGGAUUAUUGGCAGUAGCAACUUCUAUGAUUAUUUCAACAGUUGGUGGUAACAUGUCACAGAUAGGAUUUAGUUUAAUGGCAUCCUUUGUUGGACCAGCUUCUGGAUUGAUUUUAGUAGCAGCAUUAGUUCCUUUUGUUAACCACAUAGGUGCCCUGGUUGGUGUAGUUUGUGGGGUUUGUAUAACUUUCUGGCUGUCAACAGGAUCAUACUUGAGCUCAUCUUUAAUGAAGGAACCAAUAUUACCACCAGCACCAAUAGAUAACUGCCCUCUGACUAACUCCACAUUAUCAGCAUACAACUACACUUUACAAAGUAUACAAAAAAUAGAAGAUUUCAAAAACUAUACGCCGGAAGGUAUAGACAAAGUAUACAGCGUAUCCUAUCUGUGGCUUGGUGGAGUAGCAGUCUUAAUAGUAUUUGUUGUAAGCAGUAUCGUUAGCUUUAUCACAGGUCGAAUAAAGCCAGGCGAAACAGAAGCAAUUUAUACUGUGCCAGUGUUUGAUUUGUUUUGUUGUUGCUUCCCAGAUUGUAUUUUAAAACCGCUUAGAUGUGGGGUAGAUUAUUCCAAGAAAAUAAAAGAUGAUGACAAAUAUGAUGAUGUAGAACUAGAAUUGGAUGAAAACGGGGGAUUAAUUCGGCCUAUCAUUAAAAUAAAUAGCGACUAGGCGGAGAAAUUUCUUAAAUAGAUCACUUUGGCAAUGUUCACAUUUUGUGUCUAUUGUUCACGUGUUGUAUCCUUGUUCACAUUUUGUGUCUAUUGUUCACAUGUUGUGUUCGUUUUUCACACGUUGUGUCCAUUGUUCACAUUGUAAUGUCCAUUGUUCACAUGUUGUGUCUAUU